UACUUUGAAGAAACGCGACAAGUAACCAACAUAAAACAUAAAGAACUGCGGAUGCUGGAAAUACGAAACAAACAAAACAUGAAAUUGCUAGGGAAACUCAGCAGGUCUGACAGCAUUUGUGUAAAGGGGAAAUAGAAUGAACGUUCUGAGUUCAACGACGCUUCUUCAAAACUGACGAUAUAACGUCCAUACUCUAUUCUCGCCCCUUGCCAAGAUCUCAUUGGAAAAUGUCCACGUCAAUCAGAUAAUUAGACCACGGCGGCCCUAUUUCGAAAAGGACGAAACCAAGAGACACAAUAUAUAUCAGCUCUGAACCGAGCCAAAUUUCUUACCCGUUAAUGGUGUACAAUCUUUGCGGUCCUGAGUUACAGUUAAGAUUUGAACAGAAUCACGUGGCCGUUUCCUGGGUGAUCCCAGUCAAGGUUCGUUGGUAAAACCGUGUCUCGCGAGCACGAGUUCCGUUGCCUUGGUAACCCUUAACCCCCACUGCUUGGAUUGACCUGCGGAGCACAGGUUGGACUUUGUUGUUAUAGUGUUUGCCAGCCGUCGGUCCGAGAUGGGCCACGGACUAAAAUGCGGUGUUGCCUUCUCGUUCUUUGCCGUUUUUGCUGCAUUUUGGUACCGGCAGCAAGUGGGCAACGAGCUGGACUCGCGUUUGGAGACUGUGUUGACUUCGCUGCUGAAAGCAGAGAGGAAAGUAGACCUGAACCGGCGGCCCCGAGUGGCAGUAGGUUUUGGUGGUUGUCUUGACAUUGUGGCAGAUGGAAUUGCUCUGUUAAAGAAAGCUGGCAUCAAACCAAGCAAGAAUCCUGUCCAUCAUAAUUUCAUCACAUCAGAAGAACAGUUGGCUGAAAGCUUUGCUUACUUCUUUCCUCCUGGAGCUGCAUCGGAACGCUUUAUUUCCAAUGAUACAUUGUUUCGUAAGUUGGUGAAAGCUACCCAGGGUCUUCCUCGAGUACGUUGGUCAUUAGGUGGAAAUGCACCGGUCAUGGCGAAUCGUCUUGCCAAGGAAGGAUGUGAAGUACUCAUUGGGAGUCGUCUUACACCUGACCUUAUUGAGGUCCUUCAAGAGCACGUGACUGUUACAAGCAAACCUGUAGAUGAAACUGACAUUCACCUAAUUCUAGAGUACUCAACUGGUGCCAAAUGGGGGAAACUAGUGUCGAGAAGAGCAAACAGGUUCAUAGUCCAUCAUGACACUUCCAAUCCUAUUUUGGAGUCACUUGAAGACUUUCAGGCACAACUCCAGCAGUUUAAGCCAUCGCUACUGAUAAUUAGUGGGCUUCAAAUGAUGGAUAAUUUUCCCUUUACACCAGGUCAACUUGAUACGCGGUUAAGAUUGCUCCAGGAUCUCCUUUUAUCAAUUGAUCGCACCACUGGAAUCCAUUUUGAGAUGGCCUCUUUUGUGGAUCGCAGUGUUCUGAGCAAACUUUUAUCCUAUGUCAUUACUCAUGUAGAUUCUUUAGGAAUGAAUGAACAAGAGUUACCCAAUCUACUUAGCAUGUUAAAGGGAUCCAAUAUCACUGUCUUAUCUGACCCUUACCCGAGAGUAGCAAAUGUACUUGAUCAGAUGCGGGAUGUAUAUCGUAUCUUAAAUUCUCAGGAAGUAACAAGCGCAAACCGCAGACUGACACGUCUGCAUGUUCAUACUCUUGCUUUCCAGGCAAUCAUUAUUGCUAAAGGGUCUUCUUGGAGAAACACCAUGUCAGCAGCUGCCAAAGCUUCACUGACUGCACAUCGCCAUGUUUGUGGCUCACCAAAUAUUGACACCAGCAAAGCCAAGUUGAUAAUGGAUGAUUCUUUUUCUAUAAGCCGUGAGCAAGGGAGUAAGAAAAUUCCACUUGAAGAAAAUCGCCCUGUUUCUUGCUGGGAGGAGGACAACUAUGAAAUUUGUGUUGCUCCAGUGCUGGUAUGUACAGAGGUCUACCAGACUGUAGGUGGUGGUGAUAAUGUUUCUGCAGCCAGCUUGGUUCUACAGAUCUAAUAAUCUCUCCCUAGCUCUGAAGGGGAGCAGGUUGAGGUUGGAACAUGGACAUACUUAAACCUUGCGUAUUACCUCGGUGAGGGAGCUUAAUAUAUUUUCAUGCUUCAUCUUCCUUCACACAGUCAAAUAAAAUUUUAUUGUCUGUAUAAUUUAGCCUGUUGUAAUCAACAUUGAGGUUUUUGGGUAUUGUUUGGCUAUUCAUUUUUGUAUAAAUUAUUCUAUGAUCCUC